AUGAGUGGGAACAGCACAUCUAUUCAUAAGCCUUUACCUUGCAGAGGGGACAAACUGAAGGACAGAGGGAAAACUUUUUCAUAUGACUAUUCAUAUGACUCAACUGAUGUAAACAGUCCAACCUUUGCAUCACAAGAGAAGAUUUUCAAGGACCUGGGCUCUGACGUUUUAAAAGCAACAUUUGAUGGUUUCAAUGCCUGUGUUUUUGCAUAUGGGCAAACGGGAUCAGGAAAAUCUUACACCAUGAUGGGAAACAAAGCGGAUAAAGGUUUAAUCCCACGAAUCUGUGAGGAAUUGUUCCUGGAGAUUUCCAAGAGAAGUAAGAGUGAGGCCAUGUCAUUUCAUACAGAAGUCAGCUAUCUUGAGAUUUACAAUGAGCGUGUACAGGACCUCCUAAAGAAGAGAACACCCUGCUCAGAAACUGCUGGCCUUAAAGUGAGGGAGCAUCCUACGGAUGGACCCUAUGUUGAGAACCUAUCGAAACAUUUGGUGCACAGCCAGAGUAAUAUGGAGAGCCUGAUCAUUCUUGGGAAUGCCAACCGCACCAUAGCCAGCACAGGCAUGAAUGACUUCAGCAGCCGUUCACACACCAUUUUCACCAUCACAUUUACACAGGGAUGGUUUGAUGGGGCGCUGCCACAUGAGAGACGGAGUAAAAUCCACCUGGUGGACCUGGCUGGCAGUGAGAGAGUAGAUAGCACACACACCACUGGCACCAGGCUGAAGGAAGGUGCCAACAUAAACAAGUCUCUGGUCACCCUGGGCAGUGUCAUCUCGGCUCUCGCUGACCUCGCAGUGAGUGGACAGUCGGGAAAAAGGAAGCAGAUCUUCAUUCCGUACAGGGACUCUGUGCUUACAUGGUUACUGAAAGACAGCCUUGGUGGAAACUCAAUAACUACAAUUGUAGCAACCAUUUCUCCUGCGGACGUGAACUACGAGGAGACCCUAAGCACACUGCGCUUCGCCAGCCGGGCUAAGAACAUAAUGACCACCCCAACAGUAAAUGAAGAUGGCAGCACCAAGGUGAUAAGAGAGCUGCAGGCUGAGGUCACGAGGCUCCGAUCGCUUCUAGCUGAAGCUGCUCAGGUGCGUUAUUUCUUUAGUUUUUCUUUUAUAGGAGAAAAAAAAACCAAGAUAAAAUGUAGUGUUGAACCACUCACCAAAAAGUGGAGCACUAAGUGGAGGGAUGCUCAGGAUGUUCUGGAGGAGAAAAGUGUGGCUCUGAGAAAAGAGGGGAGUGGGGUCAUCUUGGACUGCCAGUUACCUCAUCUGAUAGGCAUCAACGAAGACCUGCUCACCACAGGAAUCAUCCUCUAUUAUUUGAAUGAAGGCAGAACCUUGAUUGGAAGUGAUGAAGCCCUAUGCAGUCAGGGUAUCGUGCUUUCUGGACCUGAACUCCUUCGUGAACAUUGCCUGCUUGAGAACUGUGCUGGGAUUGUUACUCUGCUCCCUCAGGAUGGCGCACUGUGUUCAGUUAACGGCUCUGUGGUCACACAUCCCUGCCAGCUGAAUCAGGGUGCAAUUAUACAGCUAGGAAGAGGACCCAUACUGCGGUUUAACCACCCAGCUGAAGCCUCACAGCUGAAAAAGAAACAGCAGAGUGGAUUGCUGUCUGCCUCCUCCUCGUCUUUGACUGACUCCUCCAAAUCUGCAGAGAAUCUAUCCAAGGCAAAACUGCAAAUCUCAGGUGAUAUGGAUAUGUCGGCCACAGAAGGAAAGUCCGGUGACCCAGAUAUUUGUCUUCAAUCUACAGAGAAAAUUACUACGUUGGGCACAGAUGCACUUCAGGGUCAAGGAAGCAUCUGGGAUGGCCAGGAACAGGAGAGGGACUCGUGUCAUAAAUCAGGGCCAGGGCUUGUGUCUGAAAGUCUGCAGAGGACAGCUCAGAGUGGAGCUGGUGUAGCAAGUUCUGAGAGGGGGGACGUUUCGUCGGGGGAUGGCAGCCUCCAACAGACAUGUGUCCUGGGCCCUGGUGAUGGAUGUGGCAUGAAGCCAGAAGGGAAUGCUAAUGAGAUCCAAGGUGUCGACGCAGAAUGCUAUAAGGGGAGACCCUUCUCUGGUGGGACCUCAUUAGGCAGCAUGUCCCUCCUGCAGAAAAGUGGAGGAAGUAGUUUCUUGUCGGUCCUCCCACAGACCAACACUUAUUCUCAGGCCAACAGAAAAUCACUUAGCAGUCAGGUGGCCUGCUGUCCACCUAAAGAUACAGCUUUCCAGGACCAGUACAGUAGCAGUGGGAUGGAUGAAAGUGAAAGUUUGGGGGAAAUUAAAGGAACUGCAGAAAAUGCAGAUGUGCGCUGUAUACUGGUGCACGAUGAAGACGGCAGUGGAUUUGUCAGGCUGGAUGUUGUUGUUGCAAAAACAAAGGCCAGGGGUCACCCUGAAAGCGUGAAGAUGCCAGUUACCCCACUAGAACAUCCGUUCAAUUCAUCUCCACACUCAGAAGAUGAGCUCUGA